AUGACGCGUACAAGAAGUAAAGUGAACGCGGAACAACCGCAAGACAUCUACAGCGACGAGGAGCUAGAAACCGCGACUCCCGCGCAAAAGAUGGCGGCCGCGCCCGCGCCAUUAUUUUCACAUGGCAACAGAGACGAUGCAUCAAGCAUUCCCCAUUCCUCUGUGCCACCUCCGCAUCAGCAUGAACACCAGGAGUUCCAGCAUAAUGACGCCGAGGGUGAUGAUGCAACACGCAUUCCCAACCGCCCCUCCGCCCCUCACAUUGCUGACGCAACAUUCUCACAGCAGAGUGUUUCUAUGCUCCUCGAAGGCCUACAAAGAACGCAAACGAACGCUAUAAAGGAAAUUCUAGACAGCGUUCUCGGCCACCGCACGUUGACCUCGACUCCCGCGCCGGUGCCUACUGAAAGUGGGAAUUUUGCGCGUUGUAAGGCUGUGUUUAGCGGCGCACCUACCGAGUCCAUAGAAGGAUUUAUAGACGCAGUAGAAAGCUAUAAAGAGUGUGCCAACGUGACUGAUAGUAAUGCAAUAAAAGGUAUGUCAAUGUUGCUAACGCAUGACGCGGCCACCUGGUGGCAGGGCAUUAAAAAUCAAGUGACUACAUGGGACGAGGUCGUAAUUAACCUACGGAGCGCCUACGGCGACCGACGGCCGCCCCAUAGAAUUUACCGCGACUUAUGCAACCGAACAACAGAUCGAGAAUACCUGUUAUCAAGGCUACCACAGAAUGAUUUGACUGAAAAAGUUAAAUUAGACAUGAUUUACGGCCUUUUAAACGUGCGAAUAAGAAAACGACUCCGCAGAGAGGAAUUUACUACAUUCGCCGAGUUAUUACAACAUGCUAGAAACAUAGAAGACUCCAUGGGAGAAGAGGAGCGACGAGCAUCAACAGCGAGGCCAUCGCCGGCCGGCGCGAGUACUUUCCGCACCGCCCCGGCCCCCUCCGCUGUCGGCGCGCAGACACGAGGCGUGCCCGCGGUGCGCGCGCAGCCCGCGGCCUCCGCCGCGCUGCCGCUGCCGCCGCCGCCCCGCGCUGCCGCAGCCCUGCACGCACCCGCGCAGCCGCAGCCGCAACAGCGCGGCGUGCCAGACGUGAACGCGCCUUUUCGGGCGUCCCCGACGACCUCGGCCUCCGCCUCGGGUCCCGCUCGACCAUACUGUACCUACUGCAAGCGCUACGGUCACCGCCGUGAACAGUGCCGAAAGUUGGAGAACAGAGAAAAAUCGACUCAAUAUGUCAAAAAUUGUAAUUUUACUGAUGAUGUUAAUUUACUAUACUGUUAUGAUGAUAAUUAUGUACGUAUUAAGGACGAUGACGACUUGUUGGCAUGUAGCGUCGGUGAUAGUCCCGUCAAACGUCGCGACUUACGUCCCAUUUUCAAAAUCGAGAUUUUGGGAGUAAAUGGUACAGCUUUAAUUGAUACUGCCGCGAAACAUUGUAUUGCCGGUCACACGCUAUAUGCUCUCCUUCUACGUAAAGGCCACCCGCUCACGCCUUCGACGAGGCAGAUUAAACUCGCCGACGGCCACGCACGUGAGAUGAACGUUCUCACUACCACGUUGCAGGUCCGGUUGGAACACGUUAUCAUCACAAUACCAUUUCUUAUUUUCCCCGAGUCCGGCGACAACGAGACGUUGCUGGGUAUAGAUUUCCUUAGGGCUAUGGGUGUCGUUAUUAAUCUCUCCAAAGAAAUAUGGUAUUUUGACAAGAAUCCUCGUGUUAAACAUACUCUACUUUUCGAACCAACUUCGCGUGGCACUACUUGUGCCUCCACAGACGUUCUCCGGGAUGACGAGGGUACUCAGCUGGAGUCAGCAGAGCGAGAGGAACUCGCCCAGAUCCUCGUUAGGCACGCGCACAUUUUUCGUCCAGGGGGAGCGCCUACGCCAUUCGCGGAACACCGUAUAGAUACGGGUGAGCACCCACCGAUAGCAGUGCCCCCAUACCGUCUGAAUCCUGCGAAGAAAGAGGUUAUGAAAAAAGAAAUCGAGAAAAUGUUGCAGGAAGAUAUAAUUGAAGAGUGCGAGUCCGCAUGGUGCGCUCCGGCGUUGAUGAUCCCAAAGGCUCGUGGCGGCGUCAGGUUCUGUGUAGAUUACAGGCGCCUGAAUGCUGUUACCAGGUCGGACACGUACCCCAUGCCGCUGAUUGAUGAGCUGCUGCAAUCAACAAAAAGGAACUGCUUCAUGAGCACGCUUGACCUUAAAUCGGGUUACUGGCAAGUUAGCGUCCGAGAAGAAGACAGGGAUAAGACGGCCUUCAUAUCUCCUCUCGGCAUAUAUCGCUUCAAGCGCAUGCCCUUCGGCCUCAAGAACGCGCCUGCCACAUUCCAGCGGCUCAUCGACCGCCUCCGCUCCUGCUCAUCUUUAAAGGAUGUAGUUCUAUUGGCCUACUUAGAUGACCUUCUCAUAAUCUCAGAGGGGUUUCAACAGCAUCUCAAAGACCUCGAGGCCGUUUUCGAACGCCUGACUGAAUACAACCUCUGUGUCAAUAGGGAGAAGUGUGUCUUUGCAAGGGAGAAAGUAAAGUACCUUGGACACAUAAUCACACAGGAAGGCGUCUCCAUCGACAAUGAUAAAGUCAGUUCUGUACUCGAGAUGAAGGAACCGACCAAUCUCAAGCACAUGAGAACUUUCCUUCAAACGUGCUCGUGGUUUAGGAAAUUUAUUCCUAACUUUUCCCAAGUGGCUGAACCACUAACACGUUUGACACGAAAGAACCAAGCAUGGACUUGGGGCGCAGCUCAAUCACAAGCGUUCAAUGAACUCAAGCGGUUGCUGACUUCAGCGCCCAUUUUGAUUCAAGCUGAUUUUAGUCGACCUUUUAUUUUACGAACGGAUGCCAGUAAUUACGCAUUAGGAGCUGUCUUACUUCAGGGGGAGGAAAAAGAGGAAAGACCAAUUGAGUACGCGAGUCGACUCCUUACCUCAGCGGAACAAAACUACUCUACCACCGAGCGUGAAGCUCUGGCGGUGGUAUGGGCAGUCGAACGUUUCAGAUCCUACCUCGAUGGGCAACCCGUUAUAAUAGGAAGUGAUCACCAACCACUCCGCUGGCUGCUGACUUUAAAAUCACCAACCGGUCGGCUAGUGCGAUGGGCUCUCAAACUCCAGUCAUUUGAUAUACAAUACCAGUAUACUCCAGGUAAAGCAAAUGUUGUGGCCGACACCUUAAGUAGGCCGAUCUGCUCGGGAGAAACCCGCGAUCAAUGCGGCAUGUGCUCUGUAAUAAUAGACGUACCUGUGAAGAAACCGGAUCUGUUGAGGCAGGAGCAGCUGGCAGAUCCAGAACUGGAGAAGAUUGUCAAAGAACUUGAAGCCAAUGACGAAGUCGCAGCCCAGCGUUGGACGGAGCGGGGAUAUAUGAUGGAUCAAGGAGUGUUGUACCGGUAUAACCCCGACUCAGACAGUGAAUCACCACAACUCGUAGUUCCAGCUGACCAACAGGAAGACAUCUUGAAGCAAUGUCAUGACUCUGCGGUAGCAGGGCAUCCUGGAAUUGACAAUACUUACCGAAAAGUAUCGCAGCUGUAUUACUUCACUGGAAUGCGCAGGAUAAUAACUGACUACGUGAAAGCUUGCGUUCAAUGCCAAAGAUAUAAGGCCAGCAAUAACAAGCCUCCAGGCCUCCUCCAGACGCCCGUCAUGAACCAACGUGCCAUACUUGACAAAGAUAACUUUGUCCCACAAAUUACACCCUACUUACGACGAUUCCUAAACUCUUUAUCGGCGAUUAGAGAAAGAGUCGAAAAGCAGCAGGAUAAGGCGAAAGAAUACGCCGAUCAGUCGCGUCGUCAGGUGGACUUUCAAGUGGGUGAUAAGGUCCUCCUAAAAUCACACCUUUUGAGCAAAGGUUCAAAGGCACUCACUGCAAAGUUCAUGCCGAGACGUGAUGGUCCUUACGUCAUCGCCAAGAAGAUAAGCCCUACGACGUACAACAUUGCGCGUAUGGAGCUGCCUCAUGAGAUUAUAGGGAAGUACCAUGUUCAAGAUUUGACUCGGUUCAUUGGUAACGAUGAUACUCCGCCUGAACCAGUUAACCCCGUCAAGAAACGCGGACGACCGAAGAAGGUUGAUGAGCAGCUAGUCCAGGAACGAGGGCGUACACCUGAACUAGAGGGGGAGUAUAUAGCAAAUCAUGUUAAUACAAAUAACCGCGUCUUGCCCAAGAGGGCCUCCCGACGACGCAUGCCAGCUAGAUAUGCUGCGAGUGUGAGUGUGGUGCCAGGGUAA